GUGAAACUGGGUGUGUUGUUCUAAGUUUCAUUUGCUGACUAUCAAAGAAGUCACUGGUUGUACUUGAAAUCAUGGCGCAUUCAGAAAAWGAUGUGUUGAAGGUGUUCACCUUCCAUAAAAUGAUCGCCCCUUUUUUGAAAGUUGAAGGUGGAACGAUGCAAGAAAAUAUAGUGGACGACCUGCUGGUCCGAUUCAUGAAAGAGGACGCGGACGAAGGUGGAGCUUCAAAGCGUACUACGCGAACAUACACAGUUGAAACGGUAGAGCAGGUAAAACAAGAAGUCAAGGAAGCGAUAAAAAAUCAAACCCUUCUACGAGUUGCUGGAUCAUGCCACUCUGUCGAUGACGCUAUAUUUCCAGAGAACGGCAAGACCUUGGUCCUAAAMGGAGAUUUACGGAAGAUUGAUAAAGUUGAAGAAGUCGAAGAAUUAGAUGGCAAAAAAUACCUAUAUUGCCGAAUCGGCGCAGGGUGUAACCUUGGAAAGGACCCUGUGGACRAAAGCUCAACCUGGGAGAACUCCGUAUGCUACUAUAUAUCAGAACGAGGAUACUGCUUUCCUAUACUGGGAGGUAUUAUUCACCAAACCGUUGGUGGCUUCAUGCAAACAGGAUCGGCCGGAGGAAGUCUAGAGCAUGGAAUUUCAGAUGUGAUUCGAGAAAUCGAGUUUGUAGAUGGUAAUGGAGAAUUACAAAUAGCAAGACCAAACACUGAUUUGUGGUGUGCCAUUGGCGUAUCCAUGGGAAUGUUGGGUAUAAUAACCCACGUGACAUUCCGAUUCCCAGAAGCCAAACUAAUCAAAGGAAACGAAACUGGUUAUAAAUUUGCAGAUCCUCCUCUAAGACCGGAUGAAAUAGGCAAGAGCAAGUUGAUAAAAAACCUCAAGAAGCACGAGUACUACCGCAUCAAUUGGCUUCCACAGAAGGAGGUUAACCGUGUUCAGGAGUGGUCAGGCAGGCAAGUAGCUCCCUGCAAAGAAAUUGUUCCAUAUCGUAACGUUUUAUCCAUUGAAUUGGCAGCGGGUAUGGCGGCAAUCAUCUUGUCCAUCUAUGAUUAUAUUCUCAACAUGGAUGAUCCAGAUGAAGGGCUUUUCGAGGUCGUAGGUAAUGGCCUAAAGCAAUUUAUUCCAAUCACGACCACGCCAUUUUGUGAUGUAUUCUACAAUGCCCUCCCCAUGGAUGAUAAGGUUCCCGUCGACUCUAUUAUGAGGGUUGACCUCACCGAAAUUUGGAUACCCAUCCAAUAUUGCCAAACAGUGAUGGAUAAACUCAGUAAGCUGUUCGAAAACAACAGGAAAGCCGCUGGUAAUUUCGCCACCGAAAUCUACGCUGCAAAAGAAUCCCCGUUUUGGCUAAGCAUGUCCUAUGGUGGUCCCAUGGUAAGAGUAGAUCCAUAUUGGUGGUCGAACAACAGAGGUGAUUGUCGAGAAUAUUUUACCUUCUUCUGGGAUGCGCUCCUGGAAAUUCCUGGUGCUCGUCUUCACUGGGGUAAAUAUCUUCCUUCUCCAAACCAGGAGUGUGGGUCAGUGAUCUUCAACUCGAAAUACCUAAUGAAAGUCUACCCACGUCUGAACGACUGGUUGGUCAUGCGAGACACAAUGGACCCUCACCAAAUAUUCGUCACCGAUUACUGGAGAGAAAUCCUUGAUAUCUGUUAGCGACGGGAAAAGUACCUAUUUGCACGAAGUCAGUCCUUUUGUUUGUCGCACCACGUAAGGGAUGGGAUUCAGAAGAUACAUGCACCUUCUUUGGUAUAGGUAGAUAGUUAUUUAAAUAUUUUUUAUAGUAGGGUACUCUUAAAAGACUGCUAGCUUUCUAGUUCUUUACACAGUGACAACCAUUUGCCUGACAUUCGACAAAAGGCGAUUUGUCUUGAUGGACUGUUGUAGAUGUCUUACAAGCAAAUUUCAAGAAGAACUGACAACAUGUCUAAUUGAUAUAUGACAUAUCGAGUGUUAGUUCUUGCUUUUGGAGCUUUUAUUUGUACGUAGGUUACUAACUUUUAACUGAAUUAAGAACUGCAAAAAUGUCAUUAGAACACUCUGAUAACCUACAAUUCACAGCGACGUAUCCAGGGGGGGGGGGGGGGGGGGGGGGGGG